AUGGCGAACCGCUACCAUACGGACGAUCUGCGGCUUGCGUGGUUCAGUCGGAUGAAAUUCCGCGCUCUAAGCAAUGCCGCAGCGCGGAACAGCAGCCUCCAUUCCUGGUUGAGAAGCACAGUAAACCAGAUUACUACAUACACAUACCAUACUCAGAAGGUUUACGCGAACGGAAAAAUUAUGAGGGUGUCGAAAGCCAUCUCCCUCUUCUCUCCAGUUUCCACCUCUAAACCAGCAUCUCCCGCUGCAGGCGACGAUCUGAUCAAACUACGUACCGUUGGUGCAGGCAUCGCUAUGCACAUCGUCCUAGGAGAUGCUAUACUGAGCUACCAUAUCCCUCCUGAACACCCUGUCGGCGAAGCUAACGUGACAUUCGGAGUGCACUCGGCGCUUCGGUGUACCGGGUCGCGCGCCAAGGACCGCUUUCGCUACUUUCAACCCGUUCAGACGGAGUUGCACACAAGGCAUUCCCACUCGCAGGAACAAAAUCGAUACGCUCACAUCGCACAACUCAAACUCCGUUGA